CUGCACCGCUUCAUUCGUGUCGACUGCCCAGAGUCCACGAAUACAGCCCUGCACCUUUAACCACCAGCACACAUUCAACCUAACCAAAUAUACAGACCAAAGCAACACAUCUGCAGAUCUACAUUCCAGCAGCCUCGCCUGCCUCUGUUCAGACAUGUCGCUCUACAGUUUUGGCCUGGAGCCACUCUCCUGCCACACCUGGAACAAAGACAGGACCCAGAUUGCAGUGAGUCCUAACAACAAUGUGGUGAACAUCUAUGAAAAGAAAGGAAAAGAGUGGGUCAAGAUCCACGAGCUGACUGAGCACAGUGGACGAGUCACAGGCAUUGACUGGGCCCCAGAGUCCAACCGCAUCGUAACAUGUGCCUCUGACCGCAAUGCCUACGUGUGGACUCUGAAGGAUGGAGUGUGGAAGCCCACCCUAGUCCUGGUGCGCAUCAACCGUGCAGCCACCUGUGUGAAGUGGUCACCACUGGAAAACAAGUUCGCCCUGGGCAGCGGAGCUCGCCUCAUCUCUGUGUGCUACUUUGAGAAGGAGAACGACUGGUGGCUGAGUAAGCACAUCAAGAAGGCCAUUCGCUCCACAGUUAUGAGUCUGGACUGGCAUCCCAACAACAUCCUCCUGGCAGCUGGGUCUGCAGACUUCCACUGCAGGGUUUUCUCGGCCUACAUCAAGGACAUCGAGGACAAGCCUGGACCUACUGCCUGGGGGGCCAAAAUGCCUUUUGGGGAGGUGCUGCUGGAGCAUAAGGACUGUGGAGGCUGGGUGCACAGUGUCUCCUUCUCCCCCAGUGGAGACCAGCUGGCCUGGGUGGCCCACAACAGCAGCAUCACUGUGGUCGAUGCCGCCCAGGGGAAGGAGGUCACCCAGCUGACCACCAACCGUCUGCCACUUCUGAGUGUGCUCUAUGCCAGCCCCACUGAGCUUGUUGCUGCGGGUCAUGACUGUUGCCCUUGCCAGUUCACCUAUAAGGGUCCAGGUGCUCUUGAGUUUGUGAAGAAGCUGGACAUCCCCAAGCAGACCUCCAAGGGCGGCAUUACUGCCAUGCAACAUUUCCAGAACUUGGACAAGAGGGCCACUGAUGAGGACAGCAACGAGCUGGGCACCCUUCACCAGAACAGCAUCACUCAACUGUGUGUUGUAUCUGGGGAGAAAGCCAAAGUGCAGAAGUAUAGCAGUGUGGGUCUGGAUGGAGCCAUGGUGAUGUGGGAUUUUAAGCAUUGAAACUCCAGUCCUUGAGGUGUCAGAGGCUCAAACGACAACCACACCCUUGUGUCAAUUACACUUGUAUGGAAUAUAACUGCCACCAUGGAAAUACUGAUGUGCUUCUGAUUGACUGGAAACGAUAUUUGUCAAUAAAAACAGUAUUGAAUAAAGAGAGGAUAUUUACAGGCCAGACAAUGCAACUUGUUCUUCACAUUUGAAUGUUGUGUAUUCAGUGUAUUGAUAUUUUACUUUAUUUUUGUGUCAUUACUCCACUGCUACUGCUACUCCUGAGGGGGCAGUCUAAUGUCGGCUGUGGCUUUGGGGCGGGGGAGGGGUGGGAUGAACUCCCCACUGAUGUCAGGACAGCAGAUCAUCUUUCGGCGCAGG